AUGAGAAAUGACAUCAUUGCACUUUUAGUUGCUCUCAUUUUGCCUUAGUAUUUCUCUGAAUAUAAUCUAGGUUUGCUUAUUCUAGUUGCAAUUAUCUAAAUCCUGAAUUUAAUAAAAAUAGUGGAAUAGAACCCUUAUAAGACAUAGAAAUAGGAUUAGAUGAAAAAGUAGUGCUUGGAAAUUAAAAUAUUGGGUAUGGAUUAUGGAUGAAGUAUCAACCUUUUGGAUCUAACUUUGAUAUAAGUAUUUUAUUAACUUAAAAACAAUAGAUGAUGUUUUUUCAUCAUAAACAAAAGACAAAUCAAGAAAUUCUUUUGUAUAUUUGCUAGAGGAAUAGUAAACAAAAAGCAGAAUUUUAACAUUUUAUAUAGAAAUUUCUUCAUUAACAUUAUAAAUAAUUCACCACAUAGAUUAUUCUUUUUAGACAUAAAAAUCAAAAAUUUCUAUAAAUUUUGAUCCUCUUAAUUAUGAUGGUAAAUGGAUAUUAUUUUACUUUUAUUUUAAUUACUAAUCAUAAUAAACAACAAUAGCAUUUAUUUUGGAGAACUAAAUACUAAACCCAAAAAUACAUUUGAUCGAUGAUGUUCCUUCUUUACCAAAUAUUAUUAGACAAGUUAUCGGUGGAAAAUAUUUUUUAGAAGAUGAUAAUAUAUCUUUAAUUUUGUCAUAAUUUUAAGGAAAGAUAUCUUAAAUUUUUAGUGAAGGAGAUACUAAUUUAUUUUCUGAAAAUAAUAAUCUAAACCAAUUCAUGUAAAAUUGCAAGAUGGAGACUUUAUGUAGAGAAAGUACUUACAAAUUAAGUUAUUAUGAUGAAGAAUAUAGAGGUAUUAGAUUUCUAUCAGAAACAAUACCAGUUAUAGAAUUUCCUAUAUAUAUUGUUUAAGGUUGGAUUAGAAUAAAAGAAUUAAGAAAGUAGCAUCAUGAGAUGGUCAUUUUAAGAAUAACUAUAAAUAAAGACUAUAAUGAUGAUUUUACUAUAGGUGAUAAAGAAUUAUACUUAAAAUAUUUCUAAGACUAAUAGUCUGAUGAUAAUGGAUUUGAAAUUACUACUUAUUCUUAUGUAUUUCCUAGUAGAACUGUAUAUUAAAGCUAACAGAAAGAUAUCAUAAGAGUUACUGGAAUAGAAUAUUUAAAUUUGUUAGGAAAUUGGCAUUAUAUCUAAUAUGAAAUUGGUACUCGAGGUAAUGAAUAACAAGCAUAAUUUUAAAUUUAUUUCCCUUCUUAAUAAAAAGUUCUAAAGUUUGGUUGGGAACAUCCAAUCUAUCAUUUUAGUAGUAUACAAUUACAAUUUCAUUUUGGAGGAGAUAAACAUACAUAAAAUUUUAUGAGUGGAUAUCUACUUAACUGGAUAUUAACUACUUAUUGUACAGCUCCACUUACCACUUUUUCUCCAAAAUGCCAUUAUUCUUGUUAAACUUGCAAUGGUCCUUUUUUUGAUAAUUGUUUAACAUGUCCAAUUAAUAGUAACCGUAUUUUCUUAACUAAUAAGAAUACUUGUCCAUGCAAAACUUAGUAUGUAGAUAUUAAAGAUCAAUCUAAUUGUGAAUUAGCAUUUUCUAUAUAUCCAUAACUAACGCUAUUGGAAAAAAAAUAAAAAUGUAAAAUAGAUGGAUAUUAAUUUUGUGAUUUCAGCUUUAAAAUCUGUUCCUAAGGAUAUUUUCUAUAUAAUUCUACAUGUUUGUAAUGGUAUUAUUAUAUCAUUUUAUAUAGUCCUGGAUACUCUCCAAUUACAAGAAAUUAUUUUUAUUGUUCAAAUUGUUUUUUUAAACCUGAAUAAUUUUCAUUUAUGUUAGAAUGCACUGAAGAUACUAUUCAAUUAGAAAAUUCAUGUCAUACUAUAGAAAGAUCAUAUUCUCAAAUUUAAAGUUUUAUUGUUUUUCAAAAUAGCUAGAAUGAAUUGGAGUUAAAAGAAAAUAGUCUUAAAAAUGAUUGUAAUGAUGGCUAUUUUUUAGAUAUUGAUAAUUAUUGCAUUCCUUGCUUUUAAGGUUGUCAAUUAUGCAAAAAUAUAGAAUAUUGCCUAACAUGCAAAAAGGGUUAUUAUUUAACAAAAGAAUUUUAAUGUAAGGAAUGUAAAGAUUGUAAAGAAUGCUAGUUAUAAUUUAAUUCUUUGAGAUGUAUUUCAUGUCAUAUUGGAUAAUAUUUAAAUUCUAAUGGCACUUGUACAUCUUGUGGAUCAUACUGUGCUAAUUGUAAUAAUAAUAGAAAAUGUUAUUAUUGUGAUGAUCCAAAAAUGUAUUAUUUAACAAUAGAUGGUGAAAAUUGUCAAUAUUGUUAAAUAUCAAAUUGUAUCUAUUGUUACCAAUAUUACGUAAAAGAAGGUUUAAUUUAUUCUACUUUGGAUAUCAAUUUUGUUAAUGAUUAGAAUUAUUAUUCUUCAUUAAAUAUAGGCUGUGCUCUCUGUGAAAACAAUUAUUAUUUUAAUUAAGUUUCUUUAAAAUGUGAACUUAUCGUUGUUAUGAAUGAAGAAUAUAAUGAAAAUGAAUAGUGUACUUUUGGCUUAAUCACUGAUAAUCAAGGAUCUAACUAUUGUUUGAUUAGUAAAAAUAGAUAUACUUCUACUUAAAAUACAGAUUGCUCAGAUUUAUAUGAUUGUGUUUAAUGCAUACAAAAUUAUAGUGAAGGGAUAUCUUUUUGUAUAAUUUGUGAUCAAGGAUAUUAUUCAUCAAUUUUAACUGGAGAAUGUCAUUUGUGUGAUUUUUCUUGCUUUGUUUGUAUUUAACAAAACAAAAUAUAUAAAGAUUAUUGGAAAUAGGACAUUAAAGCUUAUUAUAAAUUUGUAUUAAAUUAGGACAAUUCUCAUCCUUUUGAAAAAUAUGCAACUCUCUCAUCAUAAUACGAUUUUGAAAUAAUUUGCACAAAAUGUAAUGUCGGCUAUAUUCUUUAUGAACACUAAUGCAUUUAUGAUUGUGAUUAUGAUUGUACAAAUUGUCAAGUCAUAAAUGGCAUUGCUACCUGUGUAUAAUGUAUAGAAGAUUAAGUUGAAAUCAGAAAAAGCUAAUAUAUCUAAUAAUGUAAAAAUUAUGAAGAUUGUUAUUAUAAAGCCAUUUUGGCUUAUAAUACCUAUUGUUCUAAAGAAGAUUAUUAAAAUCAAUUAAAUAGUAAAAGUGGCAACUAAAAAGUUGAUUUUCAAAAAAAGAAUAUUUAUAUUGAUUAUUUAUAAUCUCUUUAUACAUUGGAUAGUCUUUUUUCACAAGCCAUUAAAUAUUUAGAUAGUAGUUUGGUUAGAGAAAUUGAUUUUCAAUUUACUUUAAUUUAAGGGACUACUCCUAAAUGUUAAAUUAAAGAUUUUUAAACUUUCGAAACUUUCAUAUUAAGUUCGAAAAGUUAAAUUGCUGCUGUAAAUCUUAAAUUUAUUGGAAAUUCAGAUACUACUAUUUUAAGAAUCCAAUAACUCAAUAUAAAUAGUUUUACAUCAGUUAUAUUUGAGAUAUUACAAUUAGAAACUUAGAUUAUGUUUGAUGUAAUUUCUGUGGAACAAGUUGAAUUCAAAAAUUGUAUAUUUCUAUCAAUUAAUUAAUUUGCAAUUUAACCACAAAUUAAAUAUUUAAAUUUAAUUAAUUUAGAAUUUAGAAAUUUAAGUAGCAUUAAUUCAACAAUUUUCGAUAGUGUUACUAAAAACUGCUAGAUUUAAUUAAAUCAAAUUAAAAUCACUUAAUCCAAAUUUUAAAAUUCCAGCUUAUUCUAUUUAUAUGCAAAAUCUCAAAAUGCUGUAAGUAGUUUAAGAAUUUAAGGAAUUUCUAUCUUCUAAACUUAAUUAGACAACUCAUUCAUUAUUAAAAUUAAAAAUUAAAAAGAUUUUGAAUAUGGAGAUAUUAUUUUAGAUUUUGUUUAACUUAAAGAUGUUAGAAUAUCAAAUUAAUCAUCUAUUUUUUAAGUUCUUGGAGCUAAUUUUUUUUAAACAAACAAUAUUAUAAUUACUGAUUGUUAAUUUUUUUAUUAAUCUUAUUUUUAUAUGUCAAAUAUAAUUUAGAUUAAAGGUAUUAAUAUAAAUAAUAUUCAAUUGGUGGAUAGUAAUUUAUUUAGUAAUAAAAUUGAUAAUUACACUUCUGAUAUCUCUUUAUCUGAAUAAGAAAAUUUAUUUAUUAUACAGAGUAAAAUAGAAAAUAUCCAAUACAAUAGAGCACAAUCAAUCAUUUAAAUUGUAUAAAUAAGUCAAGCACACAAAAUGAAUGUCAAAUUAGAAUAUUUUAAUUUAAAUAAUUGUACUUAUACAAUAAAAUAAAUUCCAAAUUCAUUAUCUUAUAAUAAAUCAAAUAUUUAUAUUGAAUGCUAUUACUGCACAUUUAAUGAGUUUUCUAUUUUAAGAGGAUAUGGAUUACCAGAUAUUACUAUUUUAAACUCAAGAAAUAUAGAAAUUAAUAACUUUUAUUUAAUUCAAAUGAACUAAUAUUAUUUUAAAACUUUACACUCAUCUUUAGAUUGUGUAAAUAAUUAUGCUUAAAAUUUAAUGUCUUAUUAUUUAUAUAUUGGUUUUUUUUAAAAUAUAACUAUAAGUAAUUUGUAUUUAAACUCAAGCAUAACUUUCAAUUACCCUUUUAUUAUUUUUAGGGGAUUUAAUGAGAUGGAUACAACAUUAAGUUUAAAUUUAAUCUUGAAAGAUUCAACUUUCGAUUCCAAUAUGUUGAUAAUCACAAGAUCAAAUGUAGCAACAUCUAUAAUAGAUAUUUAAUCUGAAUUAAUUUCUACAUUAACUUUUGAUAAUGUAACCUUUUCUAACAAUCAUUUAAAUUCUUAUUUUUAGGAUAUGACUAAAUAAUCAGCCUCAACAUUAUUGAUUUCUUUGUAAUAAGGAAAUAUAAAAAUAUUAAAUUCGAUUUUUCUUUAAAAUAUUAUGACUAAUUCAACAGAUUCUAUUAUGUACAUUAAAGCUACUUAAAUUUAGAUUUCAAAUACAAAUUUUAAAAAUAAUAAUAUUAUAUCUUUUUCUAGAAUUACUAAAAAUUUACUAUUAUUCAAUUAAAUUGAUCAAUAAACAUUAAAAAACAUUUUCCCAAUAAAUUCACGAAGUGGAAAUGGAAUUUUAAUUUCAUCAAAUAUUAUGUUAAGUAAUUUGAUAGUUGUAUAAUCAUACUCGAAUUAAGGAGGAGGAUUUAGUUUAAUUACUUAGAGUACAAGUAUAAUAAAUAUUUAAAAUUCAUAAUUUUCUAAUACUUUAACAUCCUUAUCAAGUUAUUCAUAUUCAUUAGGAGGUUGUAUUUAUAUUGAUUCUUAACUAUCAACACUGAAAUUAAUAAUAAACAAUACUAUUUUUGAUAAAUGUUUCAGUAGAAAAGAAGGAGGAGCAUUAUACUUAAUUCCAUCAGCUAAGUAAAAUUAUAUCUCAAUGACAAAUUUAAAAGUUUCAAAUUGCUUUUCUAUAUAAAAUACAUUUAUAUCAUUUUCUUUGUCUAAUUUGGAAAAAGUUUAAUUAGAUGUUUAUCUAAAUCAAAUAGAUUUUUUUGCUACAGAAAAAGGAUUUGAAGAAUACAUUUCUCUUCUAGAAUUUCCAACCAUCACAGAAUUAGAUGAUAUUCGAAACAAUAAUCCAAUUAUUAUGUUUAAAUAUGGUAAAAUUAAUAUUGUGAAUUGUAACUUCCAUAAUAUACAUAUCUAAAGUUUAAUUAACAUUGAAUUAGCCAACAAUAUUAUUUUAGAAAAUAUUCGUGUAAUAAAUUCUACAUUACUAUACUCGACUCUGAUAAAAGUUAACCUUAAAAAUUGUAAUAAUUUAUUUAUAAUAUUUAGCUUAAAAUGGAUAAUUGAUAUUAAAGAAUUUAACUUUCUUAAAUAUAACUGAACAUUAAAGCAAUAUAAAUAAAUCCGAAAGUCCUUGCCUUUGGGAAAAUUAAAAAUAUCUUGAAACAUUAAAAUGCUAAUAUAACACAACUUCGAAUAUUAAUUUCAACAUAAAUGAAUCAAAUAUUUCUUUGCAAUAGAUUUAAAAAGAAUGCAAUAAGAAUUAAUUCUAUGAGAAUAUCAAAUAUAAUUUUAGUUUAAUUGAAAUUGAGGAUGUUAACGAUAAUCAUCAUAUAAAAGCUGAAUCUCUUAUCUUUAAUUCAGUUAAUUGCUCUAAAUGUUAACAUGGACUGAUAAGUUUUCUAAAUAUAAAAUAGGUUGAAAAAGACAACAUUUUUAUAAAGAAUAUUAAUAUGGCAAAUUGCGUUUGUGGAUAAACAGGGUGUUUAUCAAUAUUAUAAUAUUGGAAUGAAAAUAUUUUAGCUACUGAAAUGAUACCAAAUAAUCUUAAUAAAAGAUUAUUAUAAUAACAUGAUUAUACAAAAUUAGCAUUCUAAGUAAGCAAUUAAGUUAAAAUAAUUGAUAGCUUAUUCUUAAAUAAUAAUGCUAUAUUUGGUGGAUCACUUUUCAUAGUUGAAACAUAAGUUUUAAUUCAUAAUUGCAGAUUUUAAAAUAAUUCUGCUAGUAUUGGAGGUGCUAUUUAUUUUUACUCUAAAAACUCAACUUUACUUAUUUUUGAUAGUUUUAUUAUUGAAAAUAAUGCUUAAAUAGCUGGAGGAAUAUUUCUUAAUGAAUAAUCUAUUCAAGAAACAAAACAAUUAGAUGUGAUAAUGCUAAAUAAUAAUUCUACAAAAUUUGGAUAAGAUAUUUAUGAAAGUCCACGUUCAUUAACUAUCUCUGUAGAUGCAGGCAAAACUUUCUUAAACAAAAAGAUAGUUUUUAAAAAUUCUUCUAAAAUUAUAGAAUAAAUCUAAAUAGUUCCAUAUAAAGUUUUAGGGUCUUCUUAAAGAGUUAAUUUUCUUACAUAUCCUUCUGGAAUUUCAAUAUCAUCAUAUGAAUACUUUGAUUUAGAAAAUUUAAAUUUCAUUCCUUACAAUUUAACAUUUCGGAUUAUUCCUUUAAAUAAGUUUAAUCAUCAAAUGAAAAAGUAGACAAAUAGUUUUUGUAUACUAUCUUACAAUGUAUUUAAUUUGACUGAUAAUUCUAUUUUAAUAAAUUAUCCAGCCUAAUUAUCCUUAACUAAAGUUGAAUUCAAUUAAACUUCAGAGGAUUUUAAUUUAGAUGAUAUAAAAAUAAUUUUUGACCCUUUAGUAAAUGAAGAUAUAGUUUUGAGAUUAAAUAUAAAUUGCAAUAACAUCAAAAUACCUUAAUAUAAUUUAGAACCACCAUAUAAUAUUUAAAAUUUGAUUACAGAUUAUGAAUUAAUAGUUGACUUAAAAACAUUUAAUUGUUAAUUAGGAGAAUAUUUGAAUUCAACUUCUGGAGGUUGUAUAUUUUGUGAUCCAUCUCUUUAAUUUUAUUCUGUUUAAGUUAAUGCAUAAAGUUGUAAUUAUAAGGAUGAUUAAAAGAUGCGAUCUAUUAAAAGUUCAAUGAUUGAAUUAAAAUCUGAGUAUUGGAGAGCUUAUUAUUAUAGUGAUAAAAUUGAACAUUGUUUUCAUAAUGUAAAUAAUUGUUUGGGAGGAUGGAAACCUGGAUAUUAAUCAUGUUUUUUAGGCCACAUUGGAGCCUUAUGUGAAUAAUGUGAUUUAUAUAAUAUAAGAGGUGAUGGAUUUUAUUCUAUUAGUUCACCCUAUUAAUGUGGUAACUGUAAUCAGAUAUUAGAUAAUGUUUUAACUAUUUGUCUAAUUAGUUUUUGGACUCUUAUUUCUACUUUUUUAUCUGUUUUAGGCACUAUAAGGAAUAUUAAUGAUUUAAUAUUAGAGAUUCGACUUAAAUCUUUCAAAAUUAACCCUAUUAAUUCAAAGGUAUCAUCGGCCAUCUUAAUUAAAGUUUUUACUAAUUAUUUUUAAAUUCUUUCUACUAUUUCCACCUUUUAACUUUAAAUUCCACCUGAAAUAACUUCAAUUAUUAAUAAUGUCGGUAAUCCAAUUGAUUCUAUGGCAUAUUCUUUUGAUUGCUUUUUAAUUACAAUAUCAGAUAUUCUAAUAAUAUAUUUUAGAAUUAUUUGGAGUUUAAUCACUGCUGCAUCAUUUCUCGUAAUUUUCUUUAUUUUUGGAGGUCUUGUUAUAUUGAUGAAAUUUGUAAAAUUUAAAUUUUCAUUUAUUUCAACUGCUUUUUUAUACAUUUUCAUUUAUGUGUAGCCAAACUUAAUUGGAGGCUUAAUAUCAUUACUCUCAUAUAGAUUAAUUUCUAAUGAAUUAUGGAUUUAAGGAAAUGUAGCAUAUAGAUACGAUAAUAAUAAUCAUUUUUUAUGGCUUUUAUCAUUUUGUUUGCCUUUGAUAUUAUUAUUUGGUAUACUAUUACCUACUUAUUUUUUUUAUAAACUUUAUAUUAAUAAAAAUUUUUUGGAUUAGACCUAAAUAAGAUAGAAUUGGGGUUAUCUUUAUAAUGAAUAUAAAUAAAAAGCCUACUUUUGGGAAAUAAUUAAAAUUUUAUAAAAAGAAUUAAUUAUUAUAGUCUUAGCAUAUUAUGAGGAUCAUGUUCCAAUAAAAGCAUCACUUGUAUUUUUAUGUUUAUUUGCUUACAUCUAUUUAACCAAUUCAUUUUAACCUUACUAUACUGGUUAUAUGAAUUAAUUAGAUAAAUAAUCAAUAAUUAUUUGUGCAAUCUCUGCUAUUUUAGGUAGUUAAAUUUAUGUAGCUCAAUAAUCAAAUUUAAUUGAAAUAAUUUGGCCCUUUUAUAUUAUUAUUGGUAUUAUUAAUUUAUUUUUUAUUAUCAAGAUUGUGGUUAAAAUAAUAUUUGCAUAUUUUAAUAAACUUUAUGAUUAAAUAGAAAACAUUAGAGAACUUAUUUUUAAAUACUUUCCUAGUUUAAUAAAAUUGGCUAAUUAAAAUUUUGGUUUUUUACAAAGCAAAAAAAAGUAAAAAGCUAGAAUCAAAGAAAGAUUUGCUAAAAUUAAAGGUUAUUUAAUUUAUAAGGCUAAACUUAUUAUAUAAUAUAAAAGGUAUUUUUUAUAUAAAUUAAUAGAACUCAAAAAUUUGAUUUUCCUAUCCAAAAUAGAUCAGAUUCUUCACAUUUCUAAAAUUUAUAUUCAAGUGGUUUGAAAUUAAGUCCUGUUAAAUCUAGCUAAAAUUAAUAAUCUUAUAUCCUGGAUUAAUUUGAUGAUUAAAAAAGUUCCUUCUUUUAAUUAAUGUCAUAAAUGUAAGGAUCACUUUCUAGAUAAACUCCAAUAGAAACUAGUAAAGUAAUCAAUUCAUCAAAGCAAUGA